AUGUCGACUUUCAAUGGCCUGGUCAGGGAGUUUCCCAAUAUCAGGAUUGAUUACUUUCGGACACAUUCAGAUAAACCUCCACCCGCCGCCUUAUUCCUCAGCCAUGUCCACAGUGACCAUUUACUGGGCUUGGAAUCAGUCAAGAUGCCGUUCGUCUAUUGCUCGGCCACCACCCGUCGAAUCCUCCUCAAACUGGAGAAAUAUCCUCAUCGCAUCAACUUCGCCAAGGGUAUCCUGGAGUCUCGGAAACAACAUUACCGAUAUCUGAGGACACUGCUGCGACCCUUGCCAUUGCAUGCCUCUACCGAGCUUGAAUUGGACCCGAAAUCUACCAUCCGAGUUACUCUACUCGAUGCGAACCACUGCCCUGGAGCGGUCAUGUUUUUGAUUGAAGGCGAUGGAAAGGCCAUACUCUAUACAGGGGAUAUCAGAGCCGAACCAUGGUGGGUCAAUUCGCUUGUGCAGAACCCCGUAGUACUACCAUAUACCUGUGGUUUGAAGACGCUUGAUUGCAUAUACCUUGACACGACAUUCGCAUCUCAUGACGAGCCAUACAGGGUGUUCCCCACAAAAGCAGAAGGGUUGAGAGAACUGCUAGAGAAAGUCGGUGAAUGCUCUUCCGAUACCGUCUUUUACUUCAGAGCAUGGACUCUGGGAUAUGAAGAUGUCUGGAUUGCAUUGUCCAACUUUCUGAACUCUCGCAUUCACGUGGACGAAUAUCAGCUUCGCAUCUUCCGAUCCUCCGAUGAGAAUGGCGGAGAUUCCUACCGUAACGAAAGUGCAUCUCUGACCGGCUUCAUGGUGGGAAACCACAAGCGUCCAGGGUGCCUGACUGCUGAAAGCAAUGUCAGGGUCCACAGCUGCGAGCCCGGAUCAAAAUGCCAUUCUAGUAUAAAGAACUCAAAGAAUGUCAAAUGGAUCACCCCUAUCAUAUCUCGACUGAAGGACGGAACCGAGGUUAGAGAGCUUGGGGCAGGAGGCGGAGGCGGUGAUCUUUAUCAGACAUCCGAUUUGAAGCUGGACGAUCUGGCAUCUAUCCAGCAGCUUGCCGCUGUUUGCGCCGAGUUCACGGACGACAAAGCGGUCAGCACCAUUCUCAAGGAAGAGAUUGCAAGGGCCGAGAAACUCCAGCGUUUCAGCAUGACUAUCGAGGGGAUCGAGGAUUUUUACUCGGAAGAAAACCCCAUGAAGCUGAAAGAUUUCCUGACACUGCUGUCGAAAAUGCGCCCAUCUAUGCAUGCAGACAGAGGACAGUCAAUGGGUGGGGAGGAGAAAAGGCGGAUUGGCGACACCAUCCAUUUCCCAUAUUCGCGUCAUUCGUCGCAUAACGAGCUUCGUCAUCUCGUGGGGUUGUUCCAACCAAAAGACAUAUGUCCUUGUACUGUGGAUCUGGAAUCCUGGACUGAAGACCUUAGCAUGGAGGCUCUUUUUGGUGAUGUCUGUGCAGAGAAGGUGUUCUUCUACGACCACGAAACCAGACAGCAGGUCCAGCAAUGGACAGAAAAGGAGGAUCUGAGUUUGGGAAGCCGUCGCAAAAGAAGGCGAGACGAUCUGGACUCUCAAGAGACCGAAACGGAUGAUGAAGACCAUGAAGAGGAAGUCUACCGGGGUGCUCCGAUGAACUUUGAUAGUGCAAACAUCGAGAAGAAGGCUUCCUCCAACCAAGUUGUGGCUGACAACCCGACAAGGCAAGCACCCGAGCAAGAAGAUGAUGGCAAGACAUUCAUCAUUCUCGACGAUGAUUCGGAGGAUGAUCGCGUGUCCCUUUCGGUAUUUGACGGUAUCCCUGAAGAGCAGGUGCCCAUGCCGGCUGACGAAUCGGCAACGAAGCCAUCCAAGGAGGUGCUGUCACAGGCUGCCGGUGACAAUGAGAUUGAUGAGCAAGAACAGAAGAGGAAGUACGCCAGAAUCGAAGCAUACCAAGCUGCAAGGCGCUGUCUGAUCAGGAACGACAGCAGUCAAUGGGAUGACUUAUCUUUGAGGAGCCUAGGAAGUCGUGGUGACGACGAAGAGGAACUCGAACUGUAG